AUGGUUGCUUCUGAGCUGUCGCAAGCGGCAAGGGCCGAGAAGGCCGAUCCCCAGUCGUCGCAGCUGAUAGCCCAGCAAGCGGCACCAGAGCCGGCGCCGCCAUUGGUGAACCGCGUUGGCCAGAGCAAGAGUCCGUACGUUCGGGGUCAUGCCGAGAGCCGUGUCGCCUGGCAGCUGCUCGACGAGGAGGCCAUCGAGAGAGCAAGAAAGGAGAACAAGUUGAUCUUUCUGCACAUUGGCUUCAAGGCCUGCCACUAUUCGCGACUUACAUCCACCGAGUGCUUCACCCACCGAGAAUGCGCCGCGAUCCUGAACGAGUCCUUCAUCCCCGUCAUCAUUGACCGCGAGGAGCGCCCGGAGCUGGACACGAUAUAUAUGAAUUACGUGCAGGCCGUGAGCGGCUCGGGCGGCUGGCCUUUGAACCUCUUCCUGACCCCCGAGCUCGAGCCCGUCUUCGGUGGCACCUACUACCCGGCUCCCGGCCCUAACAACGGCGGCUCCGACGACGAGGACCGCCUGGAUUUUUUGGCCAUCUUGCGCAAGCUGCAGAAGGUUUGGAGGGAGCAGGAGGGCCGGUGCAGGCAGGAGGCCAAGGAGGUUGUGGUUAAGCUCCACGACUUCGCGGCCGAGGGAACCUUGGGGACGGCUACGGUACAGCCGGGCGUCGCUGGCUCCCAGACGAUCGCGAUCGGUAGGUCCGAGACGGGGUUGGAGCAUCCCGGGACGGGCAGGACGGCCGCUGCGGUCUCGAGCGAACUGGAUCUGGACCUGUUGGAGGAGGCUUAUUCGCACAUUGCCGGGACGUUCGACCCCGUCUACGGCGGAUUCGGCCUGGCACCCAAGUUCCCGACCCCGCCGAAGUUGUCCUUCCUCUUGCGACUGCCUCGAUACCUUGCGCCCGUGCAAGAUGUGGUGGGCGAGUCCGAGUGUGCACACGCCACCGAGAUGGCCCUCUUCACAUUGCGCAAGAUUCGCGACAGCAGUCUGCGCGACCACGUCGGAGGUUGUGGGUUUGCGCGGUACUCCGUCACGGCCGACUGGAGCGUCCCGCGCUUCGAGAAGCUUAUUGCCCACAACGCGCUGCUGUUGGGCCUGUACCUGGACGCAUGGCUGAUCGCAACCGGUGGGGAGAAGGGCACGGAGUUCUACGACGUCGUGGUGGAGUUGGUCGAUUACCUUUCGAGCCCUCCGAUCAGUUUGCCCGAGGGUGGUUUCGUCUCGAGCGAAGCUGCAGACUCAUACUACCGGCGCGGGGACAGGCACAUGCGAGAGGGGGCCUAUAACCUCUGGACACGUAGAGAGUUCGAUACCGUGAUCGGAGACGAUCACGAGGCCGCGCUGGCCGCGUCGUACUGGAACGUCCUCGAGCACGGCAACGUCGAGCCCGACCAGGAUCCUAAUGACGAGUUCAUGAACGAAAACAUCUUGCGCGUGGUUAAGGACGUGUCGGAGAUUGGACGGCAGGCUGGCAUCACCGUUGACGAAGUCAAGCGGGUCAUCUCCUCGGCAAAGCAGAAGCUCAAGGUGCACAGAGAAAAGGAGCGCGUGAGACCCGAGGUCGACGCUAAGAUUGUGGCGGGACGCAACGGCCUGGUGAUUUCCGCCCUGACGAGGGCUGGCCUGGCUUUGGCAACCGUUGAUGCGGCCAAGAGCCAAGCGGCUAUUGCAUCCGCCGGUAGGGCCGCCGAGUUCAUUAGGGCCAACCUGUGGGAUGAGAAGGAGAGGAUCCUGUACAGGAUAUGGAACGAAGGCCGCGGCGAAGCCAAGGGCCUGGCGGAAGACUACGCCUACCUCAUCGAGGGUCUCAUUGGCCUUUACGAGGCGACCGCGGAUGAGAGGUGGAUAGAAUUCGCCGAUGAGCUGCAGAAGGUCCAAAUCGACACCUUUUACGACAGCCCCUCAGUCGGCACCUCGGUCCUCGAGUCCCCCGCAUCCCGCUCUAGCUGUGGCGCAUUCUACAUUACGGCCGAGAAUGCGCCGCACACCAUCCUCCGCCUCAAGGACGGCAUGGACACGGCGCUCCCGUCGACCAACGCCGUCUCCGUCUCGAACCUCUUCCGCCUCGGCACCAUGCUCAGCGAUGAGGCCUACACGGCACUUGCGCGCGAGUCCAUCAACGCCUUCGAGGCCGAGAUCCUGCAGUACCCUUGGCUGUUCCCGGGCCUGCUGUCAGGCGUAGUCACUGCCCGUCUCGGUGGCGCGACGUGGGUCGUCGUGCGUGGCUCUGGCGGCGGCGAGGACGAGCUGACGCAGCAGCUUCUGCGGAAGCUGAGCCUCGAGGCUAGCGGUGGUCUGAGGAAUGUGCUCCUGCUCAAGGCCGAGGACGACCUGCUGGCAAAGCGGAGCCCCGCGUUAAGGGAGCUGGUGCAGAGGCCGGGCACGUACCGCCUCGAGAACGGCGUGUACAGGCCCAUCACGGCCGCCGAUGCGGUGUGA